CGUCCGUCCGCUGUAGUGUGGGAUAAAGGAGAGGCGACACAAACACACACUCACACUCACACACACACAGCGUGGCUCGCUCGCGUGCACCAAGUCGCUCCGACUAUCAUUAAUAAUCCGGAAACUCAGACUUGGUGGGUAUUGUUUGGUGAGUUUCUGCUUGGUUCUGGUCUAGGUAGGGUAGAAAACCUCCGAUGAAGAUGCCUAUUCACUCGUUGCUGCCGUUUGUGGAUAGCCCAGAUGGAAUAGCUCAAGGCAUCCUCAGUAGCAAUGACGCCAACGUCCCAGGGUCCGGUUUCAGCAUGAUGCCGCACACGUAUGUCGAAAAGGUCGUGUUUCAGUCUGGACAGAGUGACCCGCUGUCCUGUAUGUUCUGUGACCAGACUUUCACUCAUCAAGAUGAGCUAGGCCCUCACGUUCUAACACAGCACCCCGCUACGUUCUCUGAACCCACGGUGCUUCGGGUCGAGGCCGAGUUCAGGAUCCCCGGGGAGAGGCCUCAGCCCAAGCUGGGCGGUGUCCUUGUUGGAGGAGAGGAGGCGCACAGCUGCAUUGUGUGCGGUCAGGUGGCUCAGGAUGCUGGUGAGCUGGAGACCCACAUGAGGAAGCACAAGGACUACUUUACAUACUGCUGCAACGUCUGCGGACGGCGGUUCAGAGAGACCUGGUUUCUUAAGAAUCACAUGAAGAUGCACAUAAAACCAGGACCAAAGAGCAGGGCUCUGCAGGACCUGGAAGCUCCUUUCACCAUCAAUGGAGUUGCUCAGGAAUCUGCCCCAGAACCCGUCGUCGCCGUUUACAAAAUGUGCAUGGUUUGUGGAUUUUUUUUCCCAGAUCAUGGCAGUUUGGCUGAACACAGUAAAGUCCACAAUCGAGAGAUGGAGACGGAGAAAGAUGAAGCUGUAGAUCAGAAAGAUGGUGCUACUGAAUCUUGUGUUGACAAGGAAACGUUUCUAUGCAACCUAAACCUCCAGCCUGCCUCUACAGGCAACGCUCUGGGAAACAUGAGAUCAUCUAAAUGGAUCCCACAGCUGGACCCCUUUAACACCUACCAGGCCUGGCAGCUUGCUACAAAGGGCAAAAUAGCAGUCGGUCUUAAUAGUACUAAAGAUGUUGGCCAAGAGAUGAGCACGGACAACGAGGACUGCCCUUCUGAUAAGGAGGAGUUGGGUCUCAUGUGGACCGAGGAUCAAGAAGACAAAGCUGGGAAGGAGGUGUGCGUGAGAGAGCUCCAGUCUCAGCAGCAGGUUGAGAAUCCACACCCACCAAGGAGAUCACUGAUGCAAAAGCGCAAGGCCAAAGACCGACCAACCACUUGUGAGCAAUGUCGGAGGACGUUUAGGACCUACCAUCAGUUAGUUCUCCACUCUAGAGUUCACAAGCGUGACCGAGGGAGUGGAGAGAGUCCAGCAUCUUCUGUUGACGCAAAGAUGCCAAGAGUAGAUUCACUGGAUCCAGCAGAGGAAGCACACGAGGAGACAACCGAUGAAAACUUUAUUUCAGGUGAAGAUGGUUUUGAUCGAUCCAAAGUCCGAUCCAAAGCGUGCAGCUGUUGUGGUAAAUCAUUCCGAUCAAGCUACUACCUCACAGUUCAUAUGAGGACUCACACAGGUGAGAAGCCUUUCAAGUGUGCUUACUGUGAUUACGCAGCAGCCCAGAAGACUUCUCUGAAAUAUCACCUGGAGCGGCGCCACAAAGACAAACCGUAUGCGGGGGGGUGCAGCAGACCUGGACCUUCACUGCCCUCUCCUGGGGACAGCCCGGCCCCAAACAGAUCCAAACUCUGGGCUUCUGAAGAGAGACUGUGCAUGAACAAGUCACCUGAGGACCCGCACAACAGCUCAGGUACCCAGUUUAGUGAGACACUGGUUCAGGUGAACGCUGAAGACAAUGAGGUGCUUCCAGUGUCUGCAAACCUAAAGCAAGAAAAUGAACAGGACUCUGAUGUCCCCUUGAAUUUGUCCUUAAAAGGGUCUCUCUCCCAUCCUACCAAUGCAGAAACCAGAAAUGCUUUAAAUCUGGUGUCAUGUGCACUCUGUGCCUUUAAGACCUUGUACCCAGAGGUUCUGAUCAUGCACAAAAAGCUGACACAUGAACACAAGUCAGAAGGUACCAAAAAUAAUGGACUUGGAGGCAAUGCCAAACAGAAGCGCUACACAGGCUGUCCCCCAGUGCUCAACGGAAAUGAUGUCACACCUCUACUGAUGCUUGACCGGCGGCACCCUCGCCGGACAAAAUCUCCGCCUCCACGACCCACAAAACCUCAAGAAAACAAAUCUGGUAACCCGUCCAACGGUCCAAAACUUUCACCCAUCCAUGCUCCGCUACAAGAUGGUGUUCAGGAGCAUUUCAGACAGACUUCGGAUUCUCAUCCAAGCCAGGAAGUCUCCAGGCACACGGAACUCAUGAGAACAACCACCGCAGGCGGCAAGUUUGUCAUGGACAGGACCUGUCCUCUGGGGAUCAUUGAGAGGAGUUACCCAGGAAGAAGUGGGUCUGGUUGGCACUCGGACGCUGCUCGGCUCUGCCUCUCGAGCCAAUUUGGGAGUUUCCCGCAAAUGCGUUUUGGUGAACCUUCUGGCAAGAGGCCGAAGUUUUCCACCAGCAGGUUGGCUGAAACCGGAGAAAAGUCUGGGUUUAGAGGAAGUCCGGGUGAUGGGCCCAAAACACUGCCUGUUACUGGGAGAAGUGUGCAACCCACCUCUCAAGGCUUGGGUUCAUCCACUGCAUCUGAAGCCCUUUGUCAAAUUAAAAGUCCAUCGACCGUUCAGAGAGAUUUGGAGUCUGAGUGGAGUAUGAUGAACCUUCUGCAUUCCUGCACACAGAGUGACCUGGCAUCCUUCUAUCACAGCACGCCAACAAACCCAAGUCACAGAGGCCUGGCCAACCCUAGAGCUGACCUUUUCCCUGUAGGCAGAACGUUGCUGUACCAACACCUGCCUGCUCUGCCCAACCUCCAGAGAGGGCCUUCAGGCUCAUUCUCAAACCAGCGUUAUGGGACCGCAGACAAAACCUCCUAAGGUCAAAAACAAUAAAAUCAAUAUGAACAGUGCUGCUACCAUAAUUUGGACAACUUCUUGGAAAAUGGGUUAAAUUUGUGAUUGACACGGGUCAAAGUGGUUUUGCUCCUUAAAUGUAUUGCUUAUUCAAUAGGAGUAUAUUUUUGUAAAGAUUUCGGUUUACGCUUAGUUCCUUUCAAUAGAAGUUGGGUCCUCCGUGUAAAAGUUCUUUCUAAAGUGGUGUUCGCUGGGAUAGCUUCACCCCAAACAGCUACUAUGCUUAUAUUUGAACCGCACUAAUGUUCAAAUAUCAGUGUGUGCAUUUAGUUUUGAGAUUUCAUGAAUAAUGUCAGGUCAGAACAAGCUAAUGCCAAAGAAACGAUUGUGAGAGAAAUCGCUGCUCUGAUGAUGUCCUGGCAGCCCGGCGCUGGAUGGGAGGAGGUUCUGUAAGUUCUUGAUGCUGUCAUUAGUUCACUAGCAGGUCCGUUGUUUUUCCGUUGAGUUUUGACAUGCUCUACCUCGUGGGACGAGACUUCAUCAGAAAGCUGCUGCAGCUAUCGCAUCAAGUGAGCCUUCUGUGGCCUAGAGGCAGAUGUUUACAGAUGUUGUAGGUGGACACUGAUCAUCUGGCCCAUAAAUCCAUCACCUGUAAUUCUUUAGGUUUUCACAACGGUCUCCAUCAAGAGACUUUUUACGCAUCUUGACUGCAGUUUAAGGGUGAAACGGCUUAAAGCAGCUGUGUGGAAUUAUUUAAUGACCUGAACACUGUGAAGGAGCAUCUCAGGUCAGCUUGUUUAGAACGCUCUAGAGACCGGAUAGGGUCGAGUUUUUUUCUAUGUUGUAAACCCGAUGUAAACGUUGUUUUGAAAUUUGUGACAUUUCCGUAAUAAAAUGAAGUAGUCACCUGA